AGUUUGGCACCGGAAGUUCAGUUAUCGAUGGUGACUUUCAGGAAGCUACACAAAUUAUCAGCUGACCCAAGUCGACGUUGGCUUUGAAAUUGGACCUUUGUGUCGGGAAAUCAUUGCGAGAAUGACACGCAAGAGACAGCACCAAGAUUUCUGAGAUAAUGAGAGAUUUCUUUUACUGCCUUCCAUCUAACGUCUUAACUGUGCAAGUAUCCUGGUUCCUGCGGGUGAAAAAUGGACCACACAGAACCUGGGCUGCCCAUCGUCAACUCAUCGUACGUUCCGAUUUUAUUUGCUGACCAGAGCACACCAGUUGAGGAUGGGGAGGAUGAGAACCACAGCCCCUCUGCGUCUCUCCUCCCGAAACGUUCCUCGGUGCCGCUGGCUGUGCGCUACAAUCCGGAGGACUCGUACUGUCUGGUGUACAUCAUCUUUUUCCUGAUGGGCAUCGGCUCCCUGCUGCCCUGGAACUUCUUCAUCACAGCCAAACAGUACUGGCUCUACAAACUUAGCAAUAACACGGAUCAGAGUGAAGAAGAGGAGCAGCGCUCGGACCUCAGCGACUACUUUGAAAGUUAUCUGGCCAUUGCCUCAACUGUGCCUUCUGUGAUGUGUCUGAUACUUAACUACGUCCUUGUUAACAGACUUCCUGACUGCAGUGCAGAAGCAUUGAUACUGUGUUCAUUCAGCUCAUCUUUGAUGACAUCAGCCUCAUCAAAGAACGUGUUUGUUUUGGUUCAUAGGCUGUCUCCAAACAUUCGAAUCCUAUCGUCUCUGUUGGUGAUCCUCUUGGUGUUUGUGGUGACCACGGUGCUGGUGAAAGUGGACGUGUCAGACUGCAGGAGGGGAUUCUUUAUCGGCACGCUGUCCAGUGUGGCUGUGGUCAGUGGAGCCUCCAACCUCUUCUCCGGGAGCAUGUUUGGGAUCAGCGGCCAUUUUCCCAUGAGGAUCUCCCAGGCUCUGAUAUCAGGCCAGGCCAUGGGGGGCACGCUGAGUGCCACAGCAUCAAUAGUGAGUCUAGGCGUAGGGGGCGAUGUGACAGACAACGCGCUGGCUUACUUUCUGACAGCUGAUGUCUUCAUCCUGCUCUGCAUCAUUUCCUAUUUGCUUUUACCAAAGUUGACAUAUUCAAGACACUACAUGCUGGCAGCGUCAUGCAUCACUCCAGGAGCAAUCAAUGAGGGCCAAGAGGCAGAAACCCUCGUCCCACCGCUUCAGCCAAUCCUUAAGAAGGCCUGGGUGCUUGGCCUGAGCGUCUUCUACGUGUUCUUCAUCUCCAUUACCGUGUUCCCUGCAGUAUCAUCAGGGAUCCAGUCUGUCAACAUGGACAGCAGCAACCCAUGGACAUCGACCUACUUCGUGCCCAUCACCAGUUUCCUCCUGUAUAACGCGGCAGACUUCUGCGGCAGGCAGGCCACGGCCUGGGUGCAGGUCCCCGGACCCACCAGUCGGCUCCUGCCUGCACUGGUGCUGUGUCGCUCCGUCAUGGUGCCACUAUUCAUGUUCUGCAACUUCCAGCCACGGGACCACCUCCACACUGUCCUCUUCUCCCACGAUGUGUAUCCUGUGGUUUUCAACUGCCUGCUAGGUUUGUCAAAUGGUUAUCUAGGAACACUACCAAUGAUCUAUGGCCCCAAGGUGGUCCCCCGGGAGCUGGCAGAGGCCACAGGGGUGGUCAUGUCCUUCUUUCUUACUUUGGGAUUGGCUGUGGGGUCUGCGUUCUCUGUUCUCAUAGUGCAUCUGAUCUGAUUGACUUUAAAUGACGUGUCAUGUGCAGCUGUGUGGCUGGAGCACGUGCACCUUUUGCAGAUGUGAUGCAAAGUGCUCCAGGACGGCCGGCUGUCUGCUGUGAGGGACAGUGCAAUCAUGCUCUACACUUUCACCGGACCAACAGGUCAAGACCUGUUUUUACCUCAUGUGGUGCGUUAACAGAGAUGUGACACAGGCAGCCCCUGAACUGCUAUUUGGAAAUGUGCCAAGGCAUGCUGCGUUUAUCGUGUCUGACCUUUCAAAACAGAUCAGAGUAUUUUAACGUGUACAAAAGCAUGUAAUUUUUUUUGCUGAGGGAUUGGAAGGUCCGUAAAACAAGUUGUAAGCGGUAUGUGUAUAUAAAGACCACUUAUUCUUGGAUAAGUGUGGCUUUUUGUCCACCGCUGCAGUCUUUGUGAACCGAAUAAAAGGAGGUUAUUUUUGUGCUAUC